AUGACUGCCCCAUUGCCCGGGGCAGACCCCCUCGCCCUCCUGCCUCCCGAGAUCGUCCUCCGCAUCCUCGAAUUCACCCCCAUCUCCGCGCUGGCCUGCCUGACGACCGUCUCCAAGGCAUGGCACCAAUUCAUCGACGGCACUCACCAGGAUGCCAUCUACAGCGCCGAAUCCAAAACCAAACAGCCGACCGGAGGCGCCCGUGACUUUGCCUUUUUGUCCGGCAGCACCAGUUUCGCCAAACUGUUCGACGGGACGGCGUCAUGGAAGGACCUGUGCAAGCGUCAGACGCUGCUGGCUCGCAACUGGGAUCGGUCGCAUCCCGUCAGCCGCGAGUCGGUGCUGCAGGUGGGAAACGAUCCCGUGUGGCGAUUCCGGGCCGACUUCAAGCGUCGCUUCUUCAUCUCGACCUCGCAGGCCGGCGGGUUGAACGUCACCGAUAUGGACACGGGCAACAUGCUCUGGCGACUCCCCUCCACGCUGGACCGUGAAGAGGACGCCGUGCGCCCCUUCGCGCAUCUCGAGUACCAGGACGGUAUGGCCGUGUUCGAUCGCGAAGGCGAUGCCGUGGAGGUCUGGCAGGCGGACCACGAAGGAGCCGCGCGCGCGGAGUUCCGCCGCAUCGCCAUUCUGGAUCACGAUUGCCAGACGCGAGGGUUUCAGUUGUCACAUUGGACCCUGUGCGUGGUGUCCACCCAGGGACAGGGCUUUGUCUACGACAUGACGCAGCGACCGCCGACACGAACGACGCACCUACGGAUCGAAAAUGACGCCGUCGGCCACCUGGACCAGAGCGCAGACGUGGUCAUCUACUCCAUGGGCCCGCGCGGAUACCAUGCCUACAAUAAGACCUCCGGGGAAUUCUUGGGCGCGCUGCAGCCCACGCAUUGCACCGAGAAGUACCACAUCCGGCCCCCGGCGGCCCCCGCUCCCUCUCCAAGCGCCGCGCUGGAGGCUGCCGUGCGACACGGCCCGACGCAUGAAUUGUUCCGGCCCUGGGAGCCUCGCAAUGACUGCCUGGUGCCGAUCCAUCUGGCCAAGGGGCCGCUCUCGCCGCCGUCCGACCCGGAGCACGUGUGGCACGCGGAAGACGAAUGGGGCGCUGGUAUGCUGCACGGCGAUCUCUUCGUUGGCUUCUCGCGUGCCGGCCGAGUCUUCGUCUGCUCGGACUUCCGAAAGGCACUCUACGGUCCCGAUAGCCUGGCCGCCCACAGUGCUCUGCUGGAGUGCGAGACGGACGGGUCCAGUUUCGAUCUUGGAGGUUGGUUAUCGGUGCGCAACCACCGCAUCAUGUUCGAGAUUCAGGAUCGCAUCUACGUCGUUGCGCUCGAUGACGAGAACCGCGUGCAAGAUGUCGAUCGACCGGCUCGGGCCUCGUACUCGCUGCUGACGAGCUCCAUGCCUCAAUUGGCCGUCCCCGUCAGCUUUAUGGCCUUGUACGACGACGCCAUCAUGGCCACCUAUACGACUCUGGGUUGGCGCCAGUCCCUGCCCAACGUCCCCGGCGACGUGCAACCGCAACAGCGCCAAGGCCGCGGCCGCAUCUUCCCGACCAAGGCGAUUCGUAUCGUCAGUCUGGCCCCCGACCUCUCGGACAAGCGGUCGGACGACGCGACGCCGGACGCGGCGCCGACGGACGACGGGUCGUUCCAUUCCGAGCGGCAGCAUCCGCCGGCCGAUGAAUUUUGGCGUUCGCAGGCCGGGCUGCUGCAGCUGGUCAGUAUGAUCGGCGGCGAUUUGGGCGAGGACGACGAAGACGAGGACGACGGAGAUGGGGUUAUCGUGACGGAUUUCCAUGACGGCGAGAUCGACGGGGAGUGGGUGGACGAGGAAGAGUACGAUGGAAGUUCGAACACCGAGGCGGAGCACGAAGAACCGCAUUCCCAUGCGCCCACGGGGGUCUAA